AUGAUUUCAAAUUCGGAUUGUGAUGAAAAUUUAAUUAAACAACAACAGCAAGAAAUACAAGAUAAGAAUUUUUUAAUUGAUGUUGCCAUUGGGUAUACAAAAUCAAAUGCUCUUAGUUGUGCAUUAAAAUAUAAAAUUCCACAAUUAUUGGAAGAUAAAUCAAAAUCAUGUAAAGAAUUAUCCGAGAUUUUAAAAGUUAAUUGUGAUAAUUUAUAUAGAUUAUUAAGAACAUUAUCAACCAUUGGUAUUUUCAUUGAAGAUGAAGUGGAGGAUGGAGUCUUCAGAAAUUCAAGAUUAUCAAAUUUACUUAGAAAUUCAAAUUCUGAUAGCUGGGUUAACAAUGUGUACCUCCAAUCACAUCCAAAUGUAAUUCAAUCAUUUAUGUAUUUAGAUAAAACCAUUGAAUGCGGUACUAGUCAAGGUAUGACCAGCCAAGGAUUUUCAAGUGCAUGGGAACUCUUUGAAAAAGAUAAAUCGUUGAACGCCCAUUUUCAUAACACAAUGACUAGUUUCACUUCUGAUGAAAUUAAAACAAUUUUAGAGUAUAUUGAUUUCAAUCAAUAUAAAUCAAUCGUUGAUUUGGGUGGUUCUUCUGGUGAAUUGUUAAAAUCAAUUGCUAAAAGUUCAAGAGGUCAAUUAGUUGAAUCUUUUAUUAAUUUCGAUUUACCAUUGGUAAUUAAUCAAAACAAAGUUAACAAUGAAAAUGGUGCUGCUGAAUUUGAUAAACGUUAUUCUGAAGUUGCUUCCGAUUUAUUUGUUGAUUCUGAUUAUCCUUCUGCCGAUUGUUAUACUUUGAAAUUUAUUUUUCAUAUGUUUAAUGAUGAUAAAGUUUUAACAAUUUUGGAUAAAAUUUCAAAAUCAAUUAAACCAAAUGGUAAAGUUUAUGUUUUUGAUCAUAUAGUUCAACCAAAAAAUCAACCAUAUGCUCCAUUCUAUUUUGAUUUACAAAUGAUAGUAAAUUUUAAUGGUAAAGAGAGAUCUCAAAAUGAAUGGAAAACUAUAUUCGAAAAAUCACCAUUUAAAAUCGAUACAAUUUUAAUCCUUCCAGAUAGUAAAAGAAUGUCUGUCAUUGAAUUAUCUUUAAAACAAUAG